GGCGGCAGGGUAAAAACAGUGGGAGUUUAUUCGGGGGAGCGAGAAACAGGAGGAGUAAAAAGAGGCGGACAGGCCUCCCGAGUGGCGAAUCGGAGUUCCGAAACGCUCUCGCUGCCGUGCGCUUGGCGAAAAGGAGGCAGUGCCUCGCAUUUGAAUGCGCCCGGAGUCUGAUUCGCUUCCACUCCGACGCUCUCUGGGAUCCCGUGUCUUAAGAAAACGUCUUUCGCUCUCUCGCUCUCUCUCUCUCAUUCUCUGUCCCUCCCUCUCUCUCUUACACACGCAUCUCUCUGCCAUUCCCUCGGAAUACCUCCCGUGUCAGGAAACAGCGGGGCGGUGGCGGUCGUGGUCGUGGAUUGCUUUGCUCGGUGCGCCCCCCCAGUCUUCAAUGAGCCACAUCUGGUCUACUGACUGACAGAUCUCCUGGAAAGGAUAGCAGGCGCUUACUAUGACAACGGAGACGGGAUCGGAGUCGGAGGUGAAGAACGCGGCGGAAGAGCCUCCUCAGCAGAAGGGGGCGACAAUGAGCUCACAGGACACUGCAAAUGCUGAUGGCAAGAAGGCCAAGCAGGAUCAUGACGCCAAACAUCUGGAUGACAAAGACCACCGGGAUGCAGAUGAAGCCUCGGAGAAAACAACUCCCAGCAAAGCCCCCAAAUCCCCUCAGAAGACCUCCAAAAGGCCCAAAACUGUUCUCUUCAAGGUGACUCUGCUCGACAGCUCCGAGUAUGAAGACGAGAUUGAGGUGGUGCUGUUUGAGUUGACGGUGCCUAAUCCUAAGUGCCGCCACACAAGGGUCCCCCUCAGACUCUGUGUGCUGUGA